AAAACCCUGCCUGUGCUACCGAGCAUGCAUGGGCUUGUACCUGUUGGGUUUGUCAAGUAGUGGAAAAAGAAACCUGAGCAGCUAAGGAUCCCAGUGUUUAGUUGUGAACAUAUUCAACAACUUGCGAAACAUUCUUCUGUCUUUUUGGGCAACAGAAAACACAUGUUAAAAUGAAAAGACUCAAUCAAAGUUCAUCUUUGGGAAGAGAGGAGAUACAGGACAAGAUGAAGAGACUGAGACAAAAAGAGAGAGAGAAGGACGGAACCUACUUCCAGUACUCUCUGAUACCUGGUACUCAAUUAAGAGCUUGUAUGGCUCCUGUUGAUGAUGUUGGGGCAUGGGGGGAGUCACUCGACCAUCUUCUGGAGUGUAAAACAGGCCAGCUGGUGUUUGAGGACUUCUUGAGGACAGAAUACAGUGAGGAGAACCUUUUAUUCUGGUUGGCCUGCGAGGACUACAGGAAAAUUACCAGCAAGACAAAGAUGACGGUUGCUGCCAAAAGGAUCUACACAGAGUUUGUCCAAGUUGAUGCGCCUAGACAGAUAAACAUCGACUGUGUGACGAGAGAAGAGAUCAGUGAAAACAUCUCUGAGCCGGAGCCAAAUUGCUUCGAUGGGGCGCAGAGACUGAUAUACGCUCUGAUGGAAAACGACUGUUAUCCACGAUUUCUCAAGUCAGAAAUAUACCAAACUCUCCUGGAACAGGCUGAACAGCCAUGAAAGCAACUUGAGGGAGAAAACAAAGUGUGUCCGACGCCUCUCGGAAUGAGUUAAUAUGCACUUCAGCCGACUCUCCUUAGAAUCUAGGUUUUAACAAGAAAGGCUCGUCAUGUCACGGGAAGCAGAAGUGAAAAGAGAUCCAGAGCUGUCGGUAUGAGGACUGACAGGAUCGAAAAGCCAAACACAAUCUAAAUAAUGUAUAAAGCAGCUUUUGAAGUCAAAUUUUGUUUUGAUUGUUUUGUAUAGCAUGGGAAAGGCCUGUAAGUCAAAAAACAAGGCUUACAUUAAGUUCUGAAAGGUUGACAUUUGUUUGGAGAAGAAGAUCUCAAAUGUUUAUCAUUUGUGUGCACAAAUUAGUCAUUUGUACCAUUAAAUUAAUUGUAGUCAAGAAAUGCUUAUUUAGUUCCUGCAGGGUUCAAUUUCAAAAGCCCUGAGUCCUGUCAACAAAAAACCUCAACUGCCCAAUGAACCUCAACCCCAAUGAAAUCAUCAGUUAAACUUUCUAAGUUAUAUUUGAUCUCACUAUGUGAAGCACUAACAAACAACAUUCUGUGUUUUGGCAUGUAUUCCAAAAACCUGUUAUUAUCCUGUUGCAUUUCUGAAUUAUCAAUUUUUGUUUGUGAUUCACCGUCCUUGUUGUUUAGUUUGAUACACCUCUCAUGAAAGUACAGUAAGAGCAACUUUGAAGCACUGCAUACUCCCUGCCCUUUUAAUAAGUUAUUUCAAUCAGGAGAGACAUGUUUGCAGAUAUGCAAAUAAGAUUUAUUGUACAGCUC